CCUAUCUGGUCACUCCGAUAUGACGUCAGGUGCGCACCGCGUUGUCAACAUUGCGCGAGUUUCACCUUGUUUUCAAUCCCCCUGGACACGCAUAUGAAGUGACCCGACAUCGACAACGAGGAGUAGGCCCAACAUGCCCAAAUACUGUUCGGUGUCAAAUUGUAAGAAUGAUUCAACGAGCGGCAGCGGUCGAAAAAGCUUUUACAAGUUCCCGCUGCAGGAUCCUGAGCGGCUGCAGCUUUGGCUGAGAAACAUCGGUCGGGACAACUGGACCCCGUCUCGACACCAGUACAUCUGCCACGAGCACUUUGAGUCAUCGUGCUUCAAGGUACGCUGGGGCACUCGAUACCUGGAGAACAACGCCGUGCCCACCAUUUUCCGGAGGGUCGAGAAACGGAAAUCGAUGGAUGACAAUGAGAAGAAAGCCAAAGUGCUUCGGAGGGAGGCGGUCUUGGCGGAGGAGCCGGGCGGGCCGAACCCGGCCGCGAACCCGGCCGCGAACCUCUCUUACCUACCUACACUACCGAUCAUCCCUCCCUUAAUGCAAGCGGCGGUUGGGCACAACAGCGGCGAGAUAGUUCUGCUACCCGCCGAUUGCCAAGGGGAGCUGGCGGGCGCCUUUUUCAACCCCGCCCAUAGACUUACGCUCCAAGAAGUACCCGUCGAGGAGCUGUGCCAAACUCAGGUCAUCGCCUACUUGGAGUCCACACCCAACGUACUUCCCAACCACCUGCUGGUCUCCUCGAACACGGUGCUGUCAUCUGCUCUGAGCGCUGAGCCCAUCGCGUCCACAUUGCCUAUUGUGUCCAAACACGCCGCCCCGCCGUCGUCACCGCCACUCCAACUCGAAGGAGGCUCCGACCAACAGGAUGACGACGAUGACGACGUGGACAAUUGGGACCACCAACUGGAGGAGCACUGCUACCACAAGCACCGGCUGAGCAAGGAGCAGCUGGAGGCCGUUGUGGCCGAGCUGCAGAAGAAAGUGAAGGUCUUGCAGCAGAAGCACCGGCGCCACCUGGACAAACUGCUGGGCCUGGAGAACGCCGUCAGUCAGAUGAGGCAGAAAAACCUCAUGACCGAAGAGCGACUGCAGCUCCUGGAGAGGGCGUACGUCCAGAACAGCGCCAGCGUGUGCGACACCGGCGAGACCGUAGCCAUCAUCUACGAGGAGGACGACGCGGCGUAUUUCUACACGCUCAGCGACGGCGAGGAAAAGCUGUGAUGCCACAAUUUUGUUGUUGUUGUUUUGCCCUUUAAUAAAAACGUGGAUCACACUGAUUUGCACAAUUA